AUGCCCAGAGUCAAUCCUCUCUAUCCUUCGUUUCCCCUCGCUGAAGUCCCCUCGGAGCUCUUCUGGGCCUCUUGGCGCGAAGCCACGCAAAGAUCCCGUUCUCUCUCUUCUGUUUCUGUGGCCUCCUCCAUGGGAGAGAGAACGCAUCUAGGCAACCAAGCGGGGGAGAGUGUCUCCAGAUCGCCGCUGGAUCCCGAGAAAAAACAGAGAGCGACAAGCAGGGUCGGAGAUGACUCUGCACGUGCUGGGAGAAAAGGAGAGAAGGAGGCCCUAGUUUGUGCGCUCCAGAAAAUUCAGGAGGAAGAGCGACGCCUGCGAGGCACCUGCUGUCCCGUCUGUGGCCUUCCGAGCGGCAACGAAGAGGGGAAGGAGACGAGCGAGAAGACGAGCGGGGAGCGCGAUGCGCAGCAGCCUGAGGACGCAAACUGCAUGCGCCGCAAACUGGUGCGCCUGCUGCUCCUCAGAAGCCAGGAAGCAACUUCUGCCUUUCAGGAAGCGUGCAACGAGAGCGACAGUUCUCGCGUCAUCGAUGUCGACGAGGAAGAAGCCAUCCUCGAAGAAAUCAAACAACAGGCAGAGCAAGGCGUGUAUCGACUCCAUCGGCGAUGCCGCAUCUUCGCCUCCCACUGGAGUCGAGGGCUGUGCUGUGCGUUGCCGGAGUUUGAACUCGAGGUCGGAGAAGAGGAAGAAGGCGAGGACGCAGACGAAGGUGCGGGGCCUUCCUACGAGCACGAAAAGGAGCUCUUGAGGAAGUACGAGGAGGAGGCGAGGACUGACCCAGAAGCUCUGUUGGAUGAGUCGGAACAAGAAGCCUUCGAGAGCAUUCACGAGGAGCACAGCUCGCUCGAUCCUCAGUUGCUUCGCUUUUUGAAACGGUGUUCGUCUUGCGCCGCGAACCGUGGACAAGUGCUUCGGUACGCGCUGGGGGGAAGGCCGCUGUGGCCCUUCACGCCAGGUCAGAUGGAGGGUGAGCCGCCUGCAUGCGAGAAGUGCGGCGCCAAGCGCCAGUUCGAGUUCCAAGUGCUGCCGCAGUUUCUCUUUGAAAUGAAGAGAUGUGCCGGAGUGAAACUGGAGAGCAAAGUGCACUGGACGGGAGAUGCAGACCCGCACAAAAACAGAGAAGCCUCCAAGGCGAAGGAAGAGCCAACGGCCAAGCGGGAAGCCAGAGAGGCAGCUGCCGAGAGUUCAGUCGGAGGGCCUGCGCAAGCAAAAGGCGAGGCGGCGGGAAAAAGUAAGGCGGCUUCGACAACUCAGGCCGCCGAAGUGGAGGAACAAGAAACGGGCGGUGCCAGUCGAAUGGAAGCUGCGCAGGCUGCGAGCGAGCGACUCCACUUUGCACUGUUGUGUAUGUACACGUGCUCGGCGCACUGUCGCGGGAAACCCGAGCGGACGCGGAGCGAGAGCGACGAGGGGAAGAAAGGGGAGGGAAAUCAAACAGAACUCCGCGAAGCAGCAUACCCGUACAUAAAAGAGUUCGUCUAUGUCCAGCCCGACCCCUUCUUCGUCAAAAGAGCGUCUGAGAAGGAACAAAAAUCCGGGUAA